GCGCUCGGUAAUAGGAGACGAUCGUCAUGCGCAGAAUAUUUCAUUUACGGAUGCAAACGGGUUGACUGUAGAAUAUUCAGAAAAUCUUAUUUCAAUUAUUAUUAAAGUAUUAUCAGAUAUGUUUCAUACAUUUUUAGUGAAAGUAUCAUGAACAACUUUUUCUGAAUCAUUGAUAAAAUUACUGUGCCCUACAGAAUGAUUAUAACCUAAUAAAUAAGUUUAUAGGAAUUUAUGCAACGAAUUUUAUCAUAAAUAAAUGUCAAUAAAUGAGUGACCUUAAAAAUAUAUCUUUUAAGAGAAAUAAUAUUUAAAAAAUAGUCACGAAAUUGCCAUAGACAAUCGCCCAAUCAACGAGCUUGAAUUUAUCAACUGCAACCUGUCGUCUGCUUUCAGCUGUUGCUUAAACUUGAACCAUGCUUCUAUUUUCGUGACCUCCAAAGUUUGUCUUCUUAAAAUUAGAGGUCAAAAUCAAACCAAACGCGUUAGUCUUAAAUUUAUCACAAAAAUAAUCUAUUGUACAGUGAAUCAUAUUUAAACAUUCUUUUCCUGUGGAGAAAGUUUGCGUUAGAAUUUCGUUUUAUUUAAUGUUUCGGUUACAUUUUUCUCCUGUUCUUUCGGAAUGAAAAUAUAAUAUUUUUCCUAUUGAAAAGUUAGCAGAGUAGUCAGGUAUGGAAAAAAAUGUACAAGAUGUCCACAGGAGAAAAUUGUAAUAUGUGUUUCCUAAGACGCUGUUGUAACGAGUUUACAUUGCAUGUUUUAGUUACACGAGGGAAUCAGACUAAAUGGCCUUUGCUUAAGUAAAAAAAGAACAACUGUGAUAAGAGCUGUGAUAAUAUACAAUUAAUUUAACGAAUUCGUUUCGCUUAGUAACAAGUGAUUUCAGCCGUAUGAUUCCUUUAUUUUGAAAAUGGGUUCUGUGCUUGCAAUAAGUAAUUUUUUACGAGAUACAUCAAAGGCACUAAUCAAGAAGCUUAGGAGCAUUCUUCAACGUAUUUACAGUUGUCACUACUUAAAAUGUCUUUGCUAUUAUACUAACACUUCAAUGGUAGAAUAAUAAUCGUAAUAAUUUAUUUGUUAAAAUUGGUCACAAUUAAGUUGGGUAGUAGAUAUAAAACCGUAGUAAUAAAUGUACAAUUAAUAUUAUAUGGUAGGAAGUCUGCUUCUGUCUUUAGUAUUACAAAGAGGCAAUAACCGAGAAUAUGACAGAACAUACGUCAUCGUCUCAAAGUUUGGACUCUGAACAGAUAAGAGUCUUAACUUUAAAUAAUGGAGAACAUCUUGAUGGUAUACUAUAUAGAUUAAAGAAAGGAUGGAGAGUGGAAUUUCGAUUAGGCGCUUCUUUGCUUGGGAAGACACUUGAUCUAUUUAUAAAUCAUCCUUUGGAGAAAAAUCAAAAAUUUGAGAGACAUACAUAUUACCCAUUAGAAUGGUCAAAUGAGACAGCUAGUAUAUGUUUAUCUUUAGCUGGUUCAUUUCAUUAUUACCUUACAGAUCCUAAUUCCGAAGGUGUAAAACCAAUUGCUUCUGGAUACUUGCUAGUUGAUCCAGAACUUAAAAUUGGAGAACUUGGAGAGACCCUACCAUUAGAUUGUAUUCAGUGUCAAACUGUUUUGGCCAAAUGUUUAGGACCUUUUUCCACAUGGGAAGAUAAGCUUUUAGUAGCUCGGAAUUCUGGAUACAAUGUAGUCCACUUUACACCUAUUCAGGAAUUGGGGUUCUCUAAAUCAUCUUAUAGUCUUAGCGAUCAAUUAAAAUUAAAUCCUUCCUUUAACGAUGACGAUAAACUAGUUACAUUCGACGAUAUUGAAGAACUCACGAAUAAAAUGCGUAAUGAAUGGAACAUGUUAAGUAUAUGUGAUAUCGUGCUGAAUCACACAGCCAACGAAAGUCCUUUCUUAGUAUCCCAUCCGGAAUGUACAUAUAAUUGUUUAAAUAGUCCUCAUUUGCGUCCUGCAUACAUUUUGGAUGCGACAUUAUUUGAAUUGACAGUGCAAGUAGCUGCUGGGGAAUGGGAAUUUAAGGGUAUUCCUUCAGUAGUCGAAACUGAAGAACACCUAAACUCAAUUCGUCAUGCACUUCAUACAUAUUUUCUACCUCUUGUGAAAAUACAAGAAUUAUAUAUAGUAGACAUUAAUGAAACUAUUGCUGAAUUUUUAAACUUGGCACGAAAUCAGAUGCCUCAAGACAUUACUGAACCGAUAUUGGAAGACAUCAAAGUGAUAAGAGACCCAAAAUUCCGUAGAUUAAAGGCAACUAUAAAUAUGCAACUAGCAUUACAAAAAUACAAUGUAUACAGAGCUGACUGUUUUGAUGAAGAAACUCGUCUAAAACGUUGCGCAGAAGAUUUAAGGAAAAAGUUACAGGAACUGAACGACGUAAUCAUUAACGAAGUACAAAAUCAUUUGAACGCUGCGAUUGAGAAUACAAUUGCUGGUAUAAGAUACUUUAGAGUACAACCUGAUGGACCAAAACUUAAAGAAAUAAGUGAAAGGAAUCCUCUUGUCCCUAGAUAUUUUACUGACUACGGAGCUCCUCAAACGUUGAGCGAGAGGGAAACAACAAUGUAUUCGGAUGCGGGAUGUUACCUUAUGGUUCAUAAUGGAUGGGUAAUGAACGGUGAUCCUCUGAAGAAUUUUGCAGAUCCAGAUUCCAAUGUUUAUAUAAGAAGAGAAUUAAUUGCUUGGGGUGAUAGCGUAAAAUUAAGGUAUGGAGACAAACCAGAAGAUUGUCCAUUCUUAUGGCAACACAUGACUUCUUAUGUUGAACAAACAGCUAAAAUAUUCGAUGGUAUCCGUUUGGACAAUUGUCAUUCAACACCUAUCCCGGUCGCAGAGUACAUGCUUGAUGUUGCCCGCCGAGUCCGUCCAGAUUUAUACGUUGUCGCAGAACUCUUCACUAAUUCUGAUCAAAAGGAUAAUAUAUUUGUAAAUCGUCUUGGUAUCACUUCUUUAAUUCGGGAAGCGAUGUCUGCAUGGGACAGCCACGAGGAAGGUCGAUUGGUCUACAGAUAUGGAGGUGAACCAGUCGGAGCGUUUAUGCAACCACGUAAACGACCCUUGGUACCGAGCAUAGCACAUGCACUUUUCCUGGACCUGACUCAUGAUAAUCCUAGCCCCGCAGAGAAGCGUAGCAUAUUUGAUUUACUUCCAAGUGCUGCACUUGUGUCGAUGGCCGCAUGUGCCAGUGGCAGUAAUCGUGGAUACGAUGAACUAAUUCCUCAUCAUAUACACGUGGUGGACGAAACAAGACAAUACGCUUCUUGGACAGACGAUGAAGAUUUGAUAGAUGGUGUUGGGCUGGUAGGUCUAAAAACAGGCAUAAUUGCAGGGAAGAAAGCGUUGAACGAGUUACAUUAUAAUCUGGGUCAACAGAAAUUUUCUCAGGUUUUCGUUGACCAAAUGGACAGUGACAUAGUAGCUGUAACAAGACACUCUCCAACAACCCACGAUAGCGUAGUUCUCGUUGCCUUCACAGCAUUCAAACAUCCAGAUCCCAAUGCUAAUGAUUUGAGAAGACAUGUAAAGCCGUUGCGUGUGGAAGGUGUGGUAGAAGAGAUCAUUUUAGAAGCAUCUUUGUCUCAUGUAGGAGUAAAGAAUGGAACUUCACCUUUCCAUUAUCCGGAAAAAUAUACGCAAGACGAAACGUAUAUAAACGGUCUGUCUGAGUAUGUUUUAAGUCUCAAAGAACACAUACAAAUCUGUGAUUCAGAAGCAUUGGAGAAAGUUGAUUCUGGAGAUCCUAAGAUCACUCAGCUGAACUUCGUAAAUUUCCAACCAGGCUCUAUUAUUGCUAUUCGAGUAUCACUUCAUGCUAACAUAAAGCCUGCUCUUGCAAAAUUGCACAACACCAUCUCAAUAAUAACAUCAUCGAAGAGUUCUGAUUUACGUGUUCUAGCGUCUCGUAUGGACUUGGUAGAUUUGAAUAAGGCUUUGUAUAGAUGUGAUCAAGAAGAACGUGAUGAAACUUCAAACAGAUUUGGCGUGUAUGAUAUCCCUGGAUACGGUCCUCUUGUCUACGCAGGGCUGCAAGGCAUCAUUUCUCUAUUAGCGGAUAUCCGUCCAAACAAUGAUUUGGGUCAUCCAAUGUGCAUUAAUCUGAGACAGGGUAAUUGGUUAAUCGACUACACGUGGCAACGGCUAAAGGAAGAUGAUGGAACCAGAUCCCUUGGGGAAUGGUUGGAAGAAGCUACUGAGCCAUUCAAAUUGAUACCUCGUUAUUUAGUACCUAGUUACUUCGAUGUCAUAAUCGUGAACGUUUAUAUGAUUCUCCUUGAACAAUGCUACAGUUUAAUGUCAAGCUUCGUGAAAGAUGGGUCUACUUUCAUUAAGAUGCUGUCCCUGAUUUCAAUACAAAUGGCAGCAGUAGUAAAAUCCGCUCCGUUACCAGACUUGUCACCCAAUUUAGAUUCUCCUAAACCAACAAUUAAACAAUAUAACGGAGAAAGUGAACAACUGUGCAUGACAUUGUCCGCUGGCUUGCCGCACUUUACAACCGGUUACAUGAGAAAUUGGGGAAGAGACACAUUCAUUUCUUUAAGAGGGUUACUCAUACUAACAGGAAGACAUGUAGAAGCAAGAUUUAUCAUUCUUGGUUAUGCAGGAACUUUACGACAUGGUCUGAUCCCUAAUCUACUUGACAAAGGAAAGAAUGCCAGAUACAAUUGUCGAGAUUCUCUGUGGUGGUGGCUAUACACGAUUCAGUGUUACAUACAAGAAGUACCGAAUGGUUUGAAAAUUUUAACUGAUAAAGUUUCCAGAUUGUUCCCAACUGACGAUUCACCAGCAUUGCCUGCAGGACAAGUAGAUCAACCAUUGCACGACAUUAUCCAAGAGGCUCUGUCAACACACUUCCAAGGACUUUGCUUCAGGGAAAGAAAUGCCGGAAGACAAAUUGACGAGCAAAUGACCGACCGUGGUUUUAAUAAUCAAAUUGGAGUGCAUCCAGAGACUGGAUUCAUAUUUGGAGGAAAUGACGCUAACUGUGGUACUUGGAUGGACAAAAUGGGAUCUUCUGAGAAAGCUGGCAAUAAAGGGAAACCUGCUACACCAAGAGAUGGUUCAGCUGUAGAGAUAGUGGGACUCAGCAAGAGUAUUCUGAGUUUCUUGGCUGAAUUGUACAAACAAAACCUUUUCCCUUACGGCAGCGUGCAAAGAAAGAACCGCGAUGGAUCUGUCGUAACCUGGAGCUACAAGCAAUGGGCGGACAAAAUUUCAUUGAACUUUGAAAAAUACUUUUAUGUCAAUGAAACCCCAACUGAAAACGAAUUAAAGCCAGAGCUAAUCCAUCGCCGUGGGAUUUUUAAAGAUAGCCAUGGUGCGACACAAGCAUGGGCUGAUUAUCAGUUGCGACCUAACUUCCCCAUCGCUAUGGUAGUUGCUCCAGAAUUAUUCAACCCGCAACACGCAUGGACGGCAUUAAAGAAAGUUGAAGAAAUUUUGUUAGGUCCACUUGGAAUGAAGACAUUAGAUCCUGCUGACUGGGCUUACAAUGGAUAUUAUGAUAACUCUAACGAUAGUGGUGACACUAAGUUGGCCCAUGGUUGGAAUUACCAUCAAGGCCCUGAAUGGGUCUGGCCUAUGGGGUAUUUCCUUCGAGCUCGAUUAUACUUUGCCCCAUUAGUUGGUGGAAAAGAAGAAUUGCUGCGUACGAUUGAGUCAACCGAAACUAUUCUCUCUCGACACUUCAUAGAAGCUUCCACGAAUCACUGGAGAGGCCUUCCUGAAUUGACUAACAAAGAUGGCGAAUAUUGCAAAGACAGCUGCAGAACUCAAGCUUGGAGCGCUUCUGCUAUACUAGAGGUUCUUUACGACUUAGAUAAAACAAAACGGGAGUUACGUUCCGAAGAAGUUGAAAGAGCUAAUUGAUACAGUUUUGCGUGUGUUCACCACCGCCAGUUACACUUAGAACAUUUGCGACUAGAGGAAGAACGUAGGUAUAGAAAUAGGGAAC